UAAAGUAGGGACCGUGGCGCUCCUUUUGAUAUUCAUCCAUACUCAAGCAUGUCACUAUUCUCACCUCUCUACUACUGCUACUACUGCUACUACUACUACUACCACCAUAAUGAUCGUGCACGCGGAUACAUCUUUCCGCAAGGAACAUCACAGUUCUUGAUAAGACCCCCGUCAACUGCGCAUACAUGCGAAUCUGCCGAAGAGAAUACAUCAUGACAUACGGACAAAAGCCAUGCACUACCUUGGCAUGGGCUCGUAAGUCUCGCUCCUUUCCAUGCUCUCGACCGCAUCUCUCGCGGCAAUCCUGGUCUUUUCCGCCACGCCGUCCAUCUUCCCGACCGCAGC